CCUAAAAGAAUCACCAAAGCCAAGAAACAACAAAAAAAAAAAAUGGCCAAGAAAAUGAUGGCAGUGUUUUUGAUGUGCAUUGUGGUGGUAACCAGUUUGCAAUUUGCCACUGCCAAUAAGGAGUAUGAAGUGGCCAGUUACGAAGCCAAAUUUGAUGCCAAGUACAAGGCCUGCUUUGUAACUUGUGAGAAAGAAUGCAUUGAACGUGGAAGUGGCCACAGUUAUUGUGAAGUUAAAUGCGACGAAGAUUGUGGUGCAAAAGAAGCUGCCGAUAAGUUGCAUAUCCAUUAGCAUUGAAUAAUAUGGACAAAAAGGAAAGAAGAGCUCUUGUGAAGGAUCAAGUAGUAAUUAAUAUUAUAUCGAAAUUAAACUUGUAAUGUGAUUCCAAUAUUGGGAUUAUAAAGUUUUUUGGUCUUUGGUGUACUUAUUGAUAUGUGAAUCCACAUGGUAACGAUUUUCUAAACUAAUUGUCAACAUCUCUAAUUAAUUGGGUUAUUAACUAGAGAUGACUAUUUAAAACUUAGAAUAUAUAGUUUUUG